UAAUAAUAAGGGCUUAUAUAUUGAUUAAGAGGUAGAUUAUUAUAAUAUGACACUAUGCCAUGAUAUUAUGACCUUGACAUAUACUCAUGAAGAAAAAAUUAAGUUAAAAAACCGAAAUCUUCUUCGUUAUUGGGAUGGAACAUCACCAUAUCAUAAAAAUCGACCAGCACGUCUUCCAAGAGGAAAUAAGCCUCUUAAACCUAUUAAAGAAAUAAGAACACAUAGGAAUAUUCCAGUUUUAGAGAGUGUAAUUGUCCAUUCUAUGGUUAAAGAUGCAAUUGAAAAUAAAACAUCUCUUUUAUCUAUGGUUAUGGCUAUACAAUGUAUUACAGGGAUAAAACCUGAGAUUAUAAAUGCAAAAACAGGAGUAGCAGCAUGGAAAUUAAGAUCAGAAGGAAUGCCGAUUGCAACAAAAGUAACCCUUAAAGGGUUAGAAAUGUAUAGAUUUAUUUCAGUUUUAGUAGAAUUAGUUCUUCCAAGAAUGAGAGAUCUUGUAUCAGGGUUUAAAGGUAACUCAGGAGAUUCUAAUGGUAAUAUUUCUCUUGGAUUCCCACCAGAUGCAAUGACUUUAUUUCCUGAAAUUGAAGAAAAUUAUGAUAUGUUUCCAAAAAUAACAGGUUUUCAUGUCAAUAUAAAUACAUCAGCUAAAACAGAUUAUGAAUGUAGACUACUUCUUUCUGGUUUUGGAAUUCCUUUUGAAGUACCAAAUAGAACCUAA